AUGAUAACUACGAUUCCAAGUAACAGCUGUAUUCAAUAUAUAUAUAUAUAUAUAUAUAGCGUGAGAAACAGCUCAGAGGAGGCGAGGAGAGUAGCCGCGCCACCGCCCCAAGAACAGCAGACCAGCGCAGCGCCCAAGACCAGCAGACAGCCGCAGCGCCCCCAAGACAGCAGACAGCGGCAGCGGCCCCCAGACAGCAGGCAGCGUUCAGGCGCCCCCCAGACAGCAGACAGCAGGCAGCGCCCCCCAAGACAGCAGACCGGCGGGCAACGCGCCCAAGACAGCAGGCAGCGUCAGCGCCCCAAGACCAGCAACAGCGGCCAAAGCGCCCCCAAGACAGCAGACCAGCGCAGCGCCUCCCAAGACAGCAGGCAGCGUCCAGCGCCCCCCCAAGGAACCAGCAGACAAGCUACCAAGACAGCAGACAGCGGCAGCGCCCCCAAGACAGCAGACAGCGACAGCGCCCCCAAGACAGCAGACAGCGGCAGCGCCCCCAAGACAGCCAAGGACAGCGACCAAGCGCCCCCCAAGACAGCCAAGACAGCGGGACAGCGCCCCAAGACAGGUAAGACCAGCGGCAAGCGCCCCCAAGGACAGCAGACCAGCGACAAGCGCCCCCAGACAGCAGACAAGGCGGGCAAGCUGCCCCCCAAAGACAGGCAGACCAGGCCGGCAGCGCCCCCCAGGACAGCAGACCAAGCGAACAAGCGGGCCCCAAGACAAGGCAGACAAGGCGAACAAGCGCCCCCAAGGGGGACCAGCAGGGGGGGGACAAAGCGGACCAGGCGCCCCCCCCAAGGACCAGGGGCAGGGGGGACAGCGGCAGCGCCCCCCAAAGACAAGCAGANUGAAGAGAGAGAGAGAGAGAGAGAGAGAGAGAGAGAGAGAGAGAGAGAGAGAGAGAGAGAGAGAGAGAGAGAGAGAGAGAGAUUUUCCAGAGUGAGCUCCCGGCGGCCAAGAGAAGUGGGUGAUCAUCCGAGGGCAACACUGCACAUAACCGGGACACCCAGAGAUUUAGUAAUAUUAGAUGCACGUGUGGAAGUAUGGCGUUUGUAG